AUGAGGCUCAGCGGGGCAGCUCUGCGGGCCGCGCAUCGCUCCGGCCGGCGCCCCCAGCCGACCUCGGGCUCCCCUCGGGCUCCCCCCGCACUGCCCGCCCUGCUCACGCUGCCCGCCGAGCCCUCCGCGCCGCUCCGCUCUGCUCCGCGCAGCCCCGCCGCUCUCCGCUCCGCAGCCUCCUCUCGCCACUACCUAUCUCCGCUUAUUCACGGCGGGAUGACAAAUCUCCCGGGCGGGUGUCUGUCCCGUUCUCCCAGACAGCACUGCGUCCUCAUCUCCGCGGCUGGCUUGUCAGCGAGGUGCCCCUCUUCUCAGGAGGACCAAGGGACCAGCUGCAAAGAGCCAGCAUGCUGCGGCUGCAGUGCUGCAGCCACAGAGCGGCUGGUAUUCAGCUUUGCUUACAGAAUGGCAAAGGCUGUGAUCUUCCUUUGGAGAAACAUCAGAAAAGGCAUCUCCAUCCUGAACGAGAGGCUGUUCAUGAUCUUCUGCUUGAUGAGCCUCACUGCUCUUGCUGGUGCCUGGUGCGGGACCUCGCUGCUCCUUUGGCAGUUGUUUGGAAAGAAUGCGCCACAGAGGCAGCCUGCACCUGACCUGAGUUCACUGUGCAACACACCUGAUGUGUGGAAAGGACAAGCUGGAGAGCUGCAGCAGCUGAGGGAUGAGGUGAAACGUCUGGCUGCAGAAAUCCGCUCUAUAAAGAAGGAAGCUCAGCAAAUGAGAGAGGUGAUGUCUGACCCCAUGGAGGUGCCUGACUGGACUCUCAAAAGCACAGGGACUGCCAUCGACCUGCAGAGUUCAUCCAGCACCUCUGCAUGGCUCAGAAGGGUGUUUUGGUUCCUGUUUAGUGAACCCUUUGAAGAAACCUUUGUGCAGCCUGAUGCUUCCCCAGGGUACUGCUGGCCUAUGCAACAGUCUCAGAGCGAAGUGCUAAUCCGACUGCCCACAGAACUACAACCAACAGCCAUCACCUUACAGUACUACUCAAAGAUAGCCACUCCACUGGCAACUGUCCGUAGUGCACGCAAGGAUUUCACUGUCUCUGGACUGGAUGAGGAAGGCCAUGGCGAAACUCUGCUGGGGUCAUUCCUCUACAGCAUGCAGAUAGAGCCAACUCAGACCUUCCCUCUGCAGGUACAGUGGGUGCGCAUGGGCAAGAGGCCAGGGCAGAAACACCAGUUUGCCAGCAAGUCGCUUGCAGGCAGAGAGUGGACAGGCCCUAGCACGACAGGGGCCUGA